AUUUUGCACCCGUUUUUCUAUUUCCGCAUUUGAUAAAAAAGAAACACAAGUACUUUCCUGUUGGAAAACGGUUUUCAAUGAACUGUGAAGCUAAUGGACGACCUUCACCAAAGGUGCAAUGGUACAAAAACGGUCAACUUAUGUCGUAGAUGCCGGAUGGAAAAAACCCUCUAGCGAACGAUACACAAGUAUUAAUAUUUCACGAUGUAAAUCCAAAAGACGACGGAUCUUACCGUUGUUUUUUGUGGAACAGAGUGGGAAAUAUCUCAACAACAUACACAGUACUAGCAAAAGAAGUCUUCAUAACAAAGCCUAUAAUUACUCAUAUGAAGAACAUCACCGCAUAUGAAGGUGACAACGUGAAGGCAACUUGUAAAGCUUUUAGCGAUAGUCUGCCGCACUUUCAGUGGGCUGUCGUCGAAGGAGAAAAUGCAACUGUACGUGUCCUGGAUCCAAACUUGAGCGAAGACGAAUUUAUAUGGAAAGGUGGAAAUAAACGAUAUCAUGGUGUGCAUAUUCUCUUCAAUAACGUAACCAAAAAAGACGAAAGGUACUAUUAUUGUGUCGUUGGCGAUAACCGGGGUUAUGAUAAAACAAGAUUCUACCUCCACGUUUUACCAAGACCUAUGACGCCAGUCUCCAUGUCAGCAAACCAGACUUUUUCCAGCACCAUCAGCAUGCUCCAGCAACAACCAGUUGAGAAGGACGAAUCAGUUCAGAGUUCAAGAAUUUCCCUUUACAUUGUUGUAUCCGUGGCUGCCAUCGUUCGUGUCAUAGGCUCAAUUAUUGCCUACUUAUUAAUAUUCAAAUGCAAGAAACACAAGAAACGCGUGUUUAGCGUUGCCGGCUAUCGCCCUCGAAAUUAUCCACGGAAGGGAGAGACCUGCUGAGCUCUACUUCAUCAUCU